GAUGGAGUCGUAUGAAAGGAGAAUUUUUAACGAAUAUUUCGAUGGACGGGACAUGCUACCGACAAAUAAUGAUUGCAGUGACAUAGAUUUUAAUAUUAAUUGGUACUUGAGUGGUUACCAACAAACUGAGUAUUAUGAUGAAAAAACUGACGGAAAGCAAAUAAGAAAAAAUGCUCAAAGACAGGCGGCAAAUAUGAGGGAACGUAAAAGAAUGAAAACGAUAAAUGACGCCUUCGAGCGCCUGAGGGCUAAAGUUCCCUUUGCAAGCGAAAGUGAUAAAAAACUAUCAAAAGUCGACACUUUAAGGCUGGCAGUGCGGUAUAUACAAUAUUUAGCUGGCAUACUUGAGUCUUGUGGUGUAAUGACAGCAAGUAAAAGGAAAAGGAUGGGAGAAUCAAAUGGUAAAGUUAUAUUAAUUUGCUCCAACUCUUCCCCUACUACAUCCAACUCAUUAUUGAUUCAACCAAUUUAUGGUCACUCUUUAUCUUGGAAUAUCGAAAGUCAAUAUUUUAAUAAAAAAAGAAAAUUUACUGCUCAAAUAUGGUUUCCUCAUCGAAUAGAUGCACAAGAACAAGCUGAAUUAUCCGGUGACUUUCAUUCUUAA